AUGAACGCUUAUUUCCUGCAGGAGGCUCUCGGGGCUGUAGCUGCAUGCGUCGACAUUCUCGCCCGCGCCUUGGGAAUUCUCGAACGAGCCAGAACUGCUUGGGUGCGUCAGAAAAACGGCAUAGCCUACCUGGACAAUGUUCACAAGGAUGUGGAAGCUACAAUCACCCUCUUGAAACUGGUGGGUGCGGAGAGAGAACUCCAUCAAGAACAUGUCAAUCACGCGGUCAAUCUGGUUAUGGCGAAAGCACGACAGCUGUUCGAUGUGAUUCGCGAUCUAGGGGAGAAAUCUGACAUAGGCGGUGGCUUCAAGAAGUUCGUGGGACAUUUUCUCGAUGGCUGUAGCGAGCAGAUAAAGCUGGAUGCCAUGCGUAAAGAACUGAACGAGUCGAAAGCGACGUUGAUCCUCGCUUUGCAAAUGGCACAAGUGGGUUUGAUCAGAUCUAUGGGAAGAGGCGACAUCAUUGUCAACAUCGAGAUCGUAAAUCAGAUCGACCAACGAGUCCAAAUGUGCCCUGGCCUCGAACAGGGACUUCGCCUCGCUCAACUACUUCAGCAGCGAGCUUGGAAAGACGAAAAAGGAAAAUGGCAUCUCAACGAUCAGGACCUUGUCGAGCUCCAAAAGCCACCUCCGUACGAGUACAAGCCCGCCCCACUGGCCCUUGGCCAGACACGGGGUGUGGUGCAAUCGAACGAGGUGGUGGGUGCUACCUUUGUUGGUAUGGGAGUGGGUAGGGACGGGGGCAACGAAUUCUCUGUGAAUCAACCAGACGAACUCAUCGUCAUGAACAACAAGGCCUCCCAGGGUGGGUUGUUCUUGGGUGGCGGCAUAUCGGCAAGCAACCUGGUCUAUCUCUUUCAGCAUGGAGUUAUCAAUUCCAUGCCCACUACGCAGCAAAAGUAG